GCCGGGAGUCCGAGAGCCGCCGGUUACUCUUCCGAGCGCCUUUCAGGAAACCCAGGGCGGGGGGCGACUGUGCAGGAAGUCGGGAAGCGAGUGGCAGGCUGGUCACCAGCCGCUGACAAGUAGAGAAGCACACAUGGAGCUAGAGAUGGCGCGCCCGGGGGCGCACAUGUGUGCAGAGCCCUGGGCACGUCUCCGUGCCGGGUGGGCACCUGUCGUGUGAGUAGCUCCGGGCGUGGCUGCCCCUCAGACGUUCCCGGUCUGUAGGAUUUAUCUCUGCCGGCCUACCUCCCCCAUCUCUGGAGAGGAAGGAGGAGAACGUAAGAAGUUUAACCGAGCUGGGACUGAGCAGAUUAAGAGAGUGGAGCAGAGGCUGGGCCGAGAGGGUGGGGACUACGGGCUCUGGUUGCUGGGACCCACCUCUCUGACCCAUCUUCCAGCCGGAGAGGCAUUUUAAGAAGACUGGCGUGACAAAGGUGGUUCCGAAAUGUCUAGAAAGUCCGAGCAAGUGAUGAUCACUGAGUAAGUGGCAUUGGGCUGAGCUGCUGGCUAAUUUGGGGACGAGAGGGAUGCUAGCUCUUAGGAAGGCAAGGAGGAAACUAAGGAUGGGGACCAUCUGCUCCCCCAACCCCAGCGGGACAAAGACAGCAUCGGAGGUCUGCAAUGCCGACUGGAUGGCCUCGCUCCCCCUUCACCUCCACAAAGUCCCCCUAUCCAAUCUGGCAAUCCCAGGAUCCCAUGAUUCUUUCAGCUACUGGGUAGAUGAAAAGUCCCCAGUGGGGCCUGAUCAAACCCCAGCUAUCAAACGCCUUGCCAGGAUCUCCUUGGUGAAGAAGCUAAUGAAGAAAUGGUCUGUGACUCAGAACCUGACCUUCCGUGAGCAGCUGGAGGCUGGGAUCCGCUACUUUGACCUGCGUGUGUCUUCUAAGCCAGGGGAUGCUGACCAGGAGAUCUACUUCAUCCAUGGGCUUUUUGGCAUCAAGGUUUGGGAUGGGCUGAUGGAGAUUGAUGCGUUCCUCACACAGCACCCUCAAGAGAUUGUCUUCCUGGAUUUCAACCACUUCUAUGCCAUGGAUGAAGCCCAUCACAAAUGCCUGAUUCUCCAGAUCCAGGAGGCCUUUGGAAACAAGUUAUGCCCAACCUGCAGUGUGGAAAGUAUGACGCUGAGAACCCUGUGGGAGAAGAAGUGCCAGGUCCUUAUUUUCUACCACUGUCCCUUCUACAAGCAAUACCCUUUCCUGUGGCCAGGAAAGAAGAUUCCAGCACCUUGGGCAAAUACCACGAGUGUGCACAAACUAAUCAUUUUCUUGGAGACCACCCUAAGUGAGCGAGCACCACAUGGCUCCUUCCAUGUCUCCCAGGCAAUUCUCACCCCCAGAGUGAAGACCAUCGCCCGAGGCCUGGUUGGGGGCCUCAAGAACACUCUGGUUCAUAGGAAUCUUCCUGCCAUCCUGGAUUGGGUGAAGACUCAGAAACCUGGAGCCAUGGGUGUCAACAUCAUCACGUCUGACUUUGUGGACCUGGUGGACUUUGCCACAACCGUGAUAGAGUUGAAUGACCUUCUACAGGAUGACAAAGCUUUUACUAAAUGCUGA